GCAGCAGUGCGCGCACUACAUUUUGCUGUCAAAUUUGUCAUUUUCAUUGUCAUUAAUGUCACUUUAUCAACUGUCAAUUAAAAAUGUCAUUUUUUGUGGAAAAAAAUCCAAAUAUUUCUAAAAUUGGAUUAUUUUUUCUAAUAUUACACAAUAACAGAGAAAUGUAAAUACAGUAGUGAACUUUUUUAAGCUUUAAAACGGUUAACGUCCCGUUGUUUUAACUUCCCUUACAAAGAAUGGAAAGUGGGGACAGGAUCUUAGUGGCUGCUGGGUUAACUGCGGCUGUUGUGGUCGGAGCCUUUGUGUUAUGGGGUCCCGGAGGAGCGCCCCGGGUGCGGAAGCGCCGGGGGCAGAUCGCGGGCUUACAGAAUUUAGGAAGAACCUGUUUUUUGAAUACAUUGCUGCAGGCCUUGGCUGCUUGUCCCACAUUCAUUGAGUGGCUCAAGAAGUAUGCUAAGGCUGACGGUCAUAAUAGUAUGAUAACUACCUUGUAUACAGUAAUAGAAGUGGUAAAUGGAACUCACGAAUCAGCACGAGGCACUCCUGUGUGCCCACUGGGAGUGCUCCAAGCGUUACGGGCAGCAGGGUGGGUGGUGCCUGCCGACCAGCAAGAUGCACAUGAGCUUCUGCAUGUGCUACUGUCUUGCAUUGAAGAAGAAACCACUGCUAUGUCUAGAAAGCCGGGUUGCCUAUCAGACGCUCUGGGUCUAGGCGGGGGCCGCGCGUGGUCGGCGCUGGCGUCCCCCGCGUCCCCCCCGGCGAUGUCCCUGUCGGCCCGCGACAACUCCCCGCCCCAGCCCGCCCGCCCCGCGCGACCCGCCUCUGCCGCGCCAGGGGACGAACCCGACCUAGUUGAACCAGAGACUCAGCCGGCGCGGCUGACUAAGGGCGUGUCUCGGUCGCUGUGCCACCUGAGCAGCAUGGGUCGGCGCUGGCUGACAGCCCCGGCCCGUCCGGCGCCGGCGCCCCCCUUCCGCGGCACGCUCGCCGAACGACUUCACUGCACCGUCUGCUCUGCUAAGAGUCCGGUGCGAUACGACAAGUUCGACAGCGUGUCGUUGUCGAUGGCUAACGCGAGCACGGGGCUCACCGGCACGUACAGCUUGUCAGGGUUAUUGCGCGCGUUUACGGCGCCGGAGAUGGUGAAGGGCGUGCGCUGCAGCAAGUGUUGCCCCGAGAGCGACGGGCCCGCGCCGCCCGCCUCCGCCUAUACCAAGCACAUACGCACCGUCAGCUUCGGGAAGUUACCGUGGUGCCUGUGCCUGCACGUGGGGCGAGUGGAGUGGGCGGGCGGCGCCCUCAGCAAGCGCGGCGAGUACGUCGCCUUCCCCGAGACCCUCUCCAUGGCGCCCUACGCGCAGCUCCCCCAGCCCAAGUUGGAUCUAGUAUCGUUGGUGGGAGAGCGUCGCUUGCGCACCGGCAUAUCGGCAAUCAACGCUGAAGCCGGCGCAGGCGCAGACAGCGGGGACCGAGCUCCGUACCGUUUAGCAGCGGUCGUAGUCCACGUGGGAGGGCCCAGGUCUGGACACUUCGCCACCUAUCGACGGGGGAACGGGUUCGAGGCCAAGAGAUGGUGGUACACUUCCGAUACUCUGGUACACGAGGUGACCUUACAGGAAGUGCUGCGGUGUUCUGCCUACAUGCUGUUCUAUGAGCGAGUCAGACCGGAGACUGUUUUGUCUACCACCAGUGCUACACAUCAUUUUUAGAAGUUCUCAAUACAUGCCUGACAUUGGUUCUUAUAUAUUUUUGGUGUGUCACCUACACUCCUAACUCGUGCAUUCAAAAUUCAGGCUAUAGGUAGUCGGGUGGAGCUGCGGAGAUGAGAACACAAAGCUUUUGCUGCACCAGCAAUUUUCGCGUCCCGACUCCACAUAAUCCUAACAUCUCGUGGGGUGGAAUAACUUGGUCAGACACUUACACAAAAAAUAAAUGUGACCAUCCACCAUUUAAAAAAAACCUUGCCUUUAUACAUUUUUAAAAGUGUGACGAAAAAGAACUACAUGCCAUCAAGGUUGUUAUUUUCUUAUCUAAAAGUUCUUUGAUGAAUUGGAGGUAUUCCUGAUAGCAUAAUACAUUUUCAGAAUAGCCCCAAAUUGAGAAUUCCCUAUUUUCAUUACCUACCUAUAUGGAGUAAUUUUUUUAGGCUAGGCUUACAUACACCAACACCUGUUUGUAAUAAAUUCUUAGUAAAACUACCUCUAUUUGUAUUAGCACAAGUUCUUAUUUAGGUUAUAGAAUGAAAAGCAUAAUACUAGCAACAGGAAUGAUCCAUAUGUAAAAUAUCACUACUAAGGUGACCCAGGAGAUGAGAUUAGGAAACCAUUAACCAUCAAACAUGCAUACUGCCCUGAUAAGUCAAAAAGCGGUAUCUCAUUCAGUAGCAGUAGUUUUGUAGCUUUACUAAAAGGCGAUUUUCUCAAACCUUAUUCUGACUGAGAUACCGCUUUUCUGCUUAUCAGGGCAGACUAUGUAUGUCAACAAAUUUCUAUUUAGUUUUAAACAAAAAUAGUUUUUUUACGGAUAAGUAAUUGUGAAAAACAUGUAUCGAACUCAAAUCAGUAGGUAUUUAUAGAAACUUGUAAAUAUUUAAUAAAUCUCCAUUGUGAUUUUAGCUAGCAUUAUUAAAAAUGAAAUUUGGAAUCCUAAAUAAGUAGCUAAAAAUUUAAUCACUAGUCCCUUUAAUUAUGUAUAACCAUUUAAAUAUUUUUUUAUUGCAUAAAUUGAUUCACAUUUCUGAAUCUAAUAAUCUCGCAAGCAUUUAUUUUGAACAAGUUUGAGCCAUUUCUUUGGGAUUGUAAUGGAGUGCCAUGUAAGCUGUGACCUGAUGUUUCUCCUUAACCAGAUUAAUGUAAAUUGGAUAUUUUAAUAUAGUAUAUAUUAUCAAGGUUUCCCUUCUAUUAUCAUAAUCAGUUAUUUAUUGUAUAUGAGGAGCUGGCGAACAAAAUGGUAUAAUAACGCAUCUGGUCAAACCACUUUUUAUUAUAGUCCGGAGCUUUCGGGCCAAAUGAAUUUGAAUCUCAAACAAAACCACCUAAAAAAUGUUAAAACUACUAAAUUUAUAAAUUAAAAACCAUGCCAAAAGCUCAGUGCAAAGGAGGUAUGUCAUACAGAUAUAUACCGUUUUGUUCGCCAGCUCCUCAUAUAAUGUUUUCUUGAUUAAGUGCUCAAUAUGGAAUGGUCAUUAAACUAUACCUACUUGUAAAAUUAUAUAGGCAAUUAAAUGUCAACAUACAUUUUAAAGAGGCAAAUUGAAUACCUCUGAUAGUGAGAGAGAGUAUCUUGAAAUUGGUAUAAAUACUCCUGGACUAUUGGCCCACAUAGCAUUUUAAGUUUUGGUCUUAAAAGUUUUGACGGUCUCUUGCUAAAAAUAUAUGUAUGUUACAUUGAGCAAAAACCUUUUAUGUGGUUUUAAAGGUGACUUUUAACCUUGUUUUUUGUGUUUUUAAGAUAAUUAUAUUAUUAUUGCUUAACUUGAUUAUAUUUUUGCUACAGACUGAUGAAGCUUAUAAAAGUAAGUGAGCAGAUAAUAAAUGUCUCUCGGAGUGUUGUUAGAAAUGAAAAUAAUGUGAGAAAUCUCGUUUUAUUUUGAUUAAUUAAUGGUUUUACAUGUUCAACAGAAUUUGAAGUUUUAAGAGCACUAAUGCUGUAAUAUUCAAAAUUAUAUGAAUUGUUUUCUAACACUUUCUUAAAAUAGAGAUCAACUACACAACAUGCAUAUUAAAGUGCUUAAUUAUAUCAAUUUGUUAUUUAGGAACAGACACAAGGCGUCUUUCCUAUUAUUAAAACUGGCAUUUAAAUCAUGUUGAUUGUUCUCAUUAUAGAUGUAUGAGAUGAGAUUGUAUUUUGCAAAUUAAGUUACUUUGUUAAAUAAUAAUUACUUUUACAUGUUAUUAUAUUUUCUACGCAAUUUAUGACUAGCCAUCUGAGGUAUGUAUGUAAUUUCAACACACAAGUCUUAUAUGCAUAGUAUCUUAAAUAAAAAUGUUGGAAAAUAUUUAAAAUUUUAGAAAAUUCUGUUCCUAUUUUGUUUGAAUGGUGUUAACUAUUGGUACUUCCAAAGAAACUUAUGUGGCAACUGUAUGUGAAGGACUUUGUCUUGUUGUGAAUGUUUAUUUAAUAAAUUGUAUUAUAAGUAACUACUCUUUUAUUAACGAUCUUCCACUAUGAAUUUGUUUAAAAAAAACCCAUGUUAUUUGACAUUUAUUUAAUAUUACUUACACAAUUAUUGUUUUAACGUUGUGCAAUUUGCUCAACACCUUCAACAAUUCAAAGUACUGUUUCAAUUAACUGUAAUACAUUAUAUCACAUAUUUAACUGUUAAAUUUAGUGCAGUCAAUGUUACGACAUACUGUCAAUUAGUGAAGCACGCAUUGUGGAUGUGAUAGCUGUUGGAUUUGCAUCAUUUAAUUUAAAUACACUUUCAAUCACCGAGAUUUCAGUUGAUGUAGUGUCCAUACCACAAAAGGCACACCAAUCGUUAACUACGAGUCCUGCAGCUAUGACUUCACUGCCUCUGUUCACUGUGCCUGCCACUAAAGGUACUUGUAGAAGGGAUGAGAGUUCAUCUUGGUCUUGGAUUGUCGUUUUGGGGUGUACAAGGCCGCCUCUGUUGCUGAGCGCUGCGUAAGUGCCGACUAGGACGUUUCCUGCUACUGUUUGUCUGAAUACUUCAACAUUUAGAGUAUCAGCAAGGAUUUCCUCAGUGUCGCGGUCCAAAUCAGGGUGUACGAGGGCAAUGUAGUCGUUGCAUGUGAUCACGUUCCCGAGGGCGCUCAGGCGUUCCUCUACACGCUGAACCUUAACGUUCUCUGGUAAACUAUUUCUAAUGUGUUGCAAUUCUGUGUCUGUGGUGGAUGAUGGCACGAGCAGGCCGUUCUUGUUAGCAACAGUCAUGCGUCCAAUGAUGCGGCAACCGGCAAUGCUCGCGUGCACUACGGGGAUUGUAUCAGCCAAUUCGGCCUCGAACACGCUGUAGAAAUUUUCGGAUCCGCCGAUAGCGACGAGACAAUAAGAAUUUGUCAACUUACUAAAUACUCCCACUUCAUUAUUGUUUUCGAACUGUACGCGGACCGCCAUAAUUGUAGUAUUUAAUUUCGCAGUAAGUCAAACUGUAAUUUCAAGGUAUUUCACAACAAAUGUAACAAAAAAUAACCAAUAUUCACGUGCGGAAACUCCAAUUUACGAGGAAACCGGAUGGUCAAUGACGUUUUACGGAGUCUUCGACAUAAUAUACCGACACUUCACUUGGCUAUUCGUAUUAGUUGUUCGUGAACUUGACAACAGGCUAUCCUUUUCAUGCUAUAAAAAACUGAAAAAGACAGACUAAUG